AAAUGUGGCGUUGAUUCGGAAGCAUUCACAUUUGCAGACAAAUACCAAUCCUACAUCAUGGACAGAUUCACUGGCGGUCAAACUUGGUCCAUUAAUCGAUACACUACUGAUGCAAAGGCACAGAUCACGCCUAGAAUUCGAGAGUAUUUGGAGAAUAUUCCUGACGAAGAUGUGGAUGAGACCACAAGGCGGGAGCGGGCUGCGGAGCUUGAGAACUGGAAGGGGAGACUGAAGUCUGCUGAGAAUGCGAACUACGAUGUUGUGUUCGAAUGGGACUGGACAGAAGACACAAAAGGUGCUGUCACUCCCGAUGAAGGCGCGUGCAGCCUCCCUAUAGGAUCUUUGACGACUAUGUCAACGGUCGUUUCCAGCAACCCGAGCGCCUUGGCCUCGUCCACGAGCAACGUCAACGUCUGUCACUCCAACGUCGAUUGCACGAUGGAUUGCGAAGAGGGCAAUGUGCCUACUUGCUAUAUCAUCUCAGUGUUCCCGGGCGCUAGAACUGGCAUCUGUAUCUGUUUGCCAUUAUCAGAGGCCACAGUUGUGCCUGAGACGACGACAACUCCUCCCUCGACCCUCAUCACAUCCGUCACAUCCGUCACACCCAACCCCCCUCCUCCUCCUAUCACUGUCGUAGUGGAGCCCGAUCCAACACCCACUGCCAACUGCGACUUCUUGGUUGGAGGCUUUUACUGGUAUUUCGUGAUCUCGAAUAUCAGGGACUGGUCCCAAGAUGGAGGCAAGAGGCUCAAGAACGAGGAGGCAGGAUGCGGUGCCAUGACAGGUUGGCACUUCACGGAAGCUACCGGCACACAGGAUGCAUCUGCUUCCUUUAAUCUACCCUACAUCAUGAAGGCCGGAUGUGUGGAGCGAGCCAUCGUGUCGGCAGGAGGACCUCAGCUGGAAUGCGAUGGCCACGUCUUUGCCAAGUCAGCGAACUUGGCUACAGAACCUCAAGGCGAACCCAAGUUCCGUCCUGCGUCAGACGAAGAGUUGCACAGAACCUAGUCUAGCCCUGUCAGGGCUUGAAUGCACAACGGGAGUGAAGAGGUCAUCUGAUCGGAUGCUUGCAGCCACUAUUCCUUCAACAGGAAAUGCCGUACCGGGUAGGGACCAGUAGCCUGA